UCUUCUAUAUCCACUGGAUAACUAUGAACAAAGAAGACGCACCAUGCUGUCGCCCUUCCUCUCUUAAAUUCACUAUCGACCACAUUCUUAACCAUAAUAGCGUCGGGAACAAGUUUGACAGCUGUCACUCAAAAGUGCAAAGUGAACCAGUGUGCGGCAAUGACUUCGCUCCCCGUAGUUUGGACCAUGGUGCCCAUCGUGCUGAAGAUUUUCGGAGCAUCACAUUCAGUGAGACAGGAGAAAACUGCCCAGAGUCUUGUCACACAACUACGGCACCACUAAAGCGGGAGACGGACGCGCUGGAAAGUCUGGACACAAGAUGUGAGAAUGCGGACAGCUGCGACGACGGCAGCAGCAUGCAGCCACAUAAGGGGGACAGUAAAAAGAGUAAAGUUAUGGCAAAAAAGAAGACACGCACAAUUUUUUCCAAGAGACAGAUUUUCCAGUUGGAAUCUACAUUUGACAUGAAACGGUAUCUGAGCAGCGCAGAGCGGGCAUGCCUUGCCAACUCAUUGCAGUUAACAGAAACUCAGGUGAAAAUUUGGUUCCAGAAUCGACGGAAUAAAUUAAAAAGGCAGAUUUCCACAGAUCUGGAAGGACCUAAUAUGGACUUAAGUGAUGCCGGAAAAACAUUAUCGUUACCUACUUUCUACAAAGAAAACCACAUACUUGGAAGGUGCUUGAUACCAAUGCCUUUACCAGUCAUGUAUCCUGGAGUUAGCGCGCCUUACUUGUGCUUUUCGAACGCUACCAAAUAUUUCAGCAUUUUCGAUGGGGACGUAUGACCUCC